AUGAACAUGCCCCUCCCUACCAGCCCUGCCACAGCAGUAUUUUGCCUCUGCAGCCUCGACGUGCGUGUCGCCGCCCGCGCCGCCCAACUCUUCCUCAACGGCGUCGCCCCACUGUUGAUCUUCUCCGGAAACACGGGUGCUCUGACUGCCGGUCUGUUUGACAAGCCCGAGGCGGAGUUCUUCGCCGAUAUCGCGCGUAGCAUGGGCGUACCGGAUGCUUCCAUUCUGGUGGAGCCCACGGCAACGAACACGGGCGAAAACGUCCGGUUCACGCGGAAACUGCUCGAGGAACGGGGUGUAAAGGUUGAGAGCUUCAUAUUGGUGCAGAAACCGUACAUGGAGAGGAGAACGUACGCCACGUUUCUGAAGCAGUGGGGAGAUGAGACGACUGGCUACACGGUCACGUCGCCUGAAAUGUCGUUUGAGGAGUAUCCCGACGAAGCGAACCCGAGAGGAUUGGUGACGAGCAUCAUGGUCGGCGACCUGGUUCGGAUCCGCGAGUAUCCGGCGCGAGGCUUCCAGAUUGAGCAAGAGAUACCGGAUGAGGUCUGGAAUGCCGGGCAGAGACUUAUCGCUGCUGGGUACGACAAACACUUGCCUUAG